AUGACCCCCUUUUUCGAUAAAUUUCUAAGAAUCGGAGAAGACGGUGACGGAAAUGGAAACAUCGCUCGAUACAACUCAAAUGGACACGAAAGUGAUCGAGACUCAAUCAGCCAAACGAACAGAUGGAAACGACCAGAGAGCUUCUCCAGAUCAAAUGGCCCUUCUGCAAAGCGCGCAAAUACGGCAAAUACACCCCUGCUAAAGUUGCGCACUCCAGUUCCAGCGAUUUGGACCUCGCCGCGAUUGAAGUCGAACCAACUUCUGGACAGACGCUACAAAAAAGCCUGGAACAAGAUCCUGCCUCAUCUAAACACUGCCGACAAAUUCGCUGUCUAUAACACAAACACCCACUUUCGCAUCGAACAUGGCGAGCAACUCGAACAGUACGCCGUAAAAGAAGUCGAAAAAGUGUCGAUGCGUCUUUUCGGCGCCGAAGCCGAAGGAAGACGCCUCGCCAGAAGCUACGACAAUGACAACUGGUCGCUCUUUAGGGCGUUCAUGUGGAUCAACGAACAGACCUACCACUCGGUCUACACCUUUUUCAGAUACUGCCUGCGCGAACGAAGACAACCUUCGAAUCUGGCCAUGUUGCUCAAGGCCAACACACUGUCAAAACUGAUAAAGCAAGAUAGAAUCGCCCUCUACGCUCAAAAUCUACGUUAUCUCUUCAAUAGGACGCACGUCGAAACCUGCGAGCUAACAGAAAGCCCAGAUUGGUACAUUGCCUUCGACCCUCACACCGAUCAGCUACUGGUGCUAGAUUUGUCAAGUGGCUUCAUAGAAAUGCAAAAACAAGUUUACUGUAUUCAUCAAGACUCGCUCAGUUACGGCUACCAACACUUGGCCGGUCUUCUGAAUGGCACUUUUCUAAAAGAAAACAUCUGCGUCAUCUUCAACGAUUUAAUGGAAUCGAGGCGACUGAAUAUCAUCGAUCUGGCUGCGGAAAAUGUCCGCUGCAUCGAUGCCGACUUUCUAGGCCUCUUCAACGAAUCCCGCCUCGCCUGUCUCAAAGAAGUCCAAGACAAACUGUCGUUUAUGAUGGGCCAGAAGAUAUUCAAAGAGUCUCUCAGAGACAUUAUUGAGAAUUUCCCGCUGGAAGAGUGGAAGAAUUUGAAAACGAUUGGCGCUUCUCUUCUUAGUUUCGACAUAGAAGAGGACAAAUCGAUCAAAGCCGAGUGCAUGUUCACGAUGAAAUCUGUGACGCUGCAUGAAUUUCCCGCAUCGUUCAAGUUCUUCGCCGCCUUCACCAUCCCUCAAGAAUCAGACGAAGUCUCCGUCGAAUCCGUUUUCAGAGGCUUCGAAAAAUUACCCGAUCACUGA